AUGAACAUCCAAAGAAAAUGUAUAUUGUUAUUUAUUUUUAUAAUAUCGACGACAAUAACAACAGUAUUGUGUAAAUUUAAUAAGCAAAAAAAUGAAUUUAUACAAGAUGAAAAAAUUGGUAACUUACAUCGGCGACGUAUUCGAACCAUCAAUGAUGAAACUUCAAAUCACUCCAAUAAUGGUCAAGAUAAAAUUCCUGGAGUUAUAUCACUUGACGAGAUGACACCUUUACAACAGAAUAAUUUUACCGGAAAUAAUUUAUCCGAAAUAACAUCAACAACAAAUUUAACAGAAAAAUUAUUAAAACUGAAACAAAUUCAUUACAACCAAAAAAUUAAUUAUACAAUCAAUAAUAGUAGCAGUAUAAUAUAUGAUGAAGAUUAUAAAAAAAAUGAAACAGACGAUAAAAAUAAUGCAAAGGAUAUUAUUAAUAAUUUAAAUGGUACAUCAACAAUAUCAAUGCCAAUUGUUGAAACACUAGUAACAAACUUUUCACGUGCUCGUGCACUUGACAUACCAUCAUCUUCUUUAGAACCAACUAAUUCAUUAAGUGCCAAUUUAACAGAUCUAAGCGAUGUCAGCAUGGAUGAAAAUGAUAAACAAAUUGAAGGUGGAGAGUAUAUUUUACAUCACAAUGAAACUAAUUUUAAAAUUUCACCAAUAAUAUUUUCAAGAGAACAAAAAUGCAUUGAACCAAACAAUAAAACAUAUCAGGUUGGCGAAAUAAUUAUCAGAGGAUGUACAGAAAAGUGUAUUUGUGGUAAAAAUGGUACUGUUGAUGAUUGUCAACCAAUUUACUGUGAAAAUCCUUUGGUUAAAGCCAUUGGUAAAAGUCAAGAUCCUUUUUGUCAUAAACAAAAAAUUCAUGAUAAUGAAUGUUGUGCAAUUUUAGUUUGUUCUUCUAUUAAUAACAAUAACAACAACAACAACAACAACAACAACUCCAAUUAUCAGUCAACAGGUACUUGUUAUUUUAUUGGUAAUGACAACGUUAAUAAAACAAUUGAUAUUGGACAGCAUAUAGAAGACGGUUGUACCAGGAUAUGUACUUGUGAAACUGGUGGCAUAUUAAAUUGUAAACCCAGAUGUCCAUUAUUAGAUGCUAAUAAUUACAAUGACAAUGACAAUGAUGACGAUGAAAAAAAGAAUAAAUCAAAUUUACAAAAUAGUGACAAUAAUGACCGAUGUGUAAAGCUUGAAGAUCCUAGAGAUUCUUGUUGUACUAUUACUUACUGCGAUGUAAGUAUUGGUGAGCACGAGCUAAUGGCUUCAACAGACGCUACACUCUCAGCUACAACCAUUAAAUCAUUAAAAAACAAAACUGACGAAAUUUUAACAAAUACUUAUAUAAAUAAUGACCAGAUUAAAAUUUUAAAUUCAACAGCAAUAAAAAUUUUACUACCAACAGAAUUAAUAAAUAUUAACAAAACUAUAGUUGAAAUAUCUAAUAAUAAUCACAUAUGGAAACGAAAAAAUUUUAAUAAAGAAGGUAUAAUAUCUAAUUUAGAACCUUCAUCAGUGUACUACAUUCGAAUAAAAACAGAAGACAAAAACAAUAAGACAAUAUCAACAAUUAGUGUAGUGACAUUACCACCAUCUUCAUCAUUACCACAAAUUAAUAUACUGAAAAAUAAAAUUACAAACAAUUCAACUACUAUAAAAAUAGAUAGUAAAGAUUCAUGUAGCUAUAGGGGUAAAUUAUAUCAAAUUGGUUCCGAAUGGUAUGAUGAAUGUAUUAAUUUUUGUGUUUGCGAAAAAGGCCCAAAAACACAAUGCGUCACAAUAGAAUGUCCCACUGAUUUUGGCUUAGAUGUUUUAGACCCCAAUUGUUUAGACUGGGAAACUGUACCAUUUAAUUUUGUUCCCAAAGCACCUCAAUGUUGUCCCGAAGAAGUAAGAUGUCGCAAUAAUGGAUCUUGUAAUUACGAAGGUGUAGUUUAUGACAAUUGGAAUGAAAUUCCAAAUAAUAUCACUGGUUGCGAUAAAAGAUGUUAUUGUGAAAUGGGAAAUAUUUCGUGUCAGCCAGCAUGUCCUCCAGUUCCAGCUCUACCACCCGAUACUUUAUCAUGUUCUUCAAAUCAAGCUAUACUCACUAAAUUACCAGAUGAUGAGUGUUGCUUACAUUGGAUUUGCGGCAGCCAAGUCAACAAUAACGAAAAUUAUCAUACUUUUAUGCCAGAAACUAAUAGUACGGUAUUUGUAGAUGACACAGUAUCUUCAAUUGGUUCCCCAAUGAGCGGCAAUAAUGUUGCGAAUGGCAUGAAAAAAAAUUGGCAAUCUUUUAUAACUACCGAUGAAAGCCCUUUGGCACCCGAUAGACUUCCUUCAUCAUUGGCAUCAAAAGAUAAUUUUGCUAUUACUAUUAAUCCUAUGGUAGUAAUUAAUAAUAGUAAUAAUAUCGAUAAUAAAACACAAUUUGAUCAAAAUAACGGAGAUAAAAUUUCUUCUUCAAAUAAAUUUAAUAAAAAUAAAUUUAUCAACAUUGAUGGUUUUAAUAAACAAGUUACAGUGCCAUCAACUGGAGAUAAUUAUUCAUCACUAUUAGAGUCAUCUACUAAAUCAGAAAUACCAUCAAUACCAUCAAUAAAUUCUGAUAAAAUAAAAUUUGAUAAAAAUAAAUUUUCAUCAUCAGAUAAAUUAAAUCACUUGACAAAUUUUAAUUAUCCAGAAUUAUCCCAAAAUACAAAACAACAUUUUGAUACAUCACUGUCGUCAUCAUUACUUCCACAACAACAACAACAACAACAACAAGAAAUAAAUAAAAAUGAUAAAUUUUUAAAACCGGAAAUAAAAGCACAAAAAAAUGAAAAUGAUUUACCAGACACUUCAUCAGGACAUAUUUACUCUUCUCUCGGUUUUCCAUUACACGGUGAUGGUGUUGCAGCUAGUGAAUAUUUAAAUAAAGUUUCUGGACAAUUAUCAUCCUCAUCAUCUAAUAAUGAAAUAAUUAUAAAAUCUUUGGAUGCAAUUGAUGAUUCAACAAUAAGAAUACUAUUUACAGUACCAUCUGUUCUAGUUGGACUUUUUGGGCGUGUUGAACUACGUUACACAAAUGAAAUAAUGAAUUCGGAUCUAUCAACAUGGAAAUCACAAAUAUUUAUACCUCCAAAUGAUUUGAUUGCAACACCACAAUUGGAAUUUGAACUUGAUGGUCUAGAACCUUCAACCGAAUAUAAAUUAAAAGUAACUGUUAUUCUUCGAAACGAUCAAAUAAAUAAUAAUAAUAAUCCAAACAGCAAAAUUUAUAGUGUUAAAACACUUGAUCGUUAUACAGAUAAUAAAGAUCUGAAACACACAUUGAUUAAUAAGGGAACAACAGAAUCAAUAAAAACUAUGACUACAGAAAUUUCUUCACCACAUCAAAUUUUCAUUGACGCUGGUCUUAAAGUUGUUGAAACAAAUUUUAGCUGGAUUAAAGUUGAAUGGAAGAAAUUUACAGAAUUUGAAAUUAAAUUUAUCGAUGGUAUACAAUUGAGAUACAAAGAAUAUGAUAGCAAAGUUUAUACGACAACACCACUAAUUCAUCGUGCUGUUACAAGUUGGAUAAUUGAGGGAUUAAAACCAGCUACUACAUAUCAAAUUGGUAUAUCAAUUAUUCCUUUUCCUGGUCAAACAACUGAACUUUACAGUGAAAAAACGAUUCAAAUUACGACAUCUAUUGAGCCUGAUCCUUAUUCUUUUGACGUUAAAGUUGAAAUAAAAAUGAUUAAAUCACAGGAAAUUGAAUUAUCAUGGAGUGGAGUACCAUAUCCCGAAGAUAAAUAUGUUAACAUAUACCGUGCAAUUUAUCAAAGUGAUAGCGGUAAGGGUGAUACUAGUACUUUUAAAAUAGCUAAAAGAGAUUCUCCAGCUAAAACUAUAAUAAGUGAUUUAAAGCCUGGAACAAGAUAUAGAUUGUGGCUUGAAAUUUACUUAACUAAUGGAAAAAUAAAGAAAAGUAAUGUUCAAGAUUUUAUAACUAAGCCAGGUAUUGAUUUAUUACAUACCGCAAGCACUGGUAAUAUUUAUCAAUCGGGUAAAUACGGUAUCACUGCCUCAGCAGCAGCAGCUGUGUCAAUUCCAUCAUCACACCAAGAAAAUAAUCACUAUAAUAAUAAUAAUCACAAUAGCAAAAUUAUUAAUAGCAAUCUUAACAACAGUAAUGAUAAUAAUAAUAAUUAUUACGGGCCUCUAGUCAUUGUUGCUAUUGUUGCUUCUCUUGCUAUACUCUCAACAUUGAUAUUACUUAUGAUGCUUAUGAAGAGAAGAUCAAGUAAUAAAGCUGAAAUUUCGUCUUCUCGUAAAACAACUGCAUCUGCAGCAUAUGAUAAUCCAUCCUACAAAGUAGAAAUACAACAGGAAACUAUGGGU